AUGGAACCUAUUCGACCUCAGCUGGGCACCGCGUUUGGCUCUAAUAAUGAGUAUGCCGAUAAAUGCGGUAUCGGGAAAGCGCUCGAGGAGUUCAAAGAGAACCCUAGCUACGUCCCGCACAUUGCCACCAUCGUGGGAGUCGAAACUGUAUGUUUUGGUGUCCGCCUGGCCUCCAAGGUCUAUCGAUUUACGUCAUGGGGCCCCGACGACUUCCUCAUUGCGGCAGCCUACGUCCUUUCCGUCGCGACCUUGCCACUCACGGUUAUAAGUUCGUCCUCCUACAGCCGAUACAUACGCACUCCCCUCGUUCAACUUCACAUCGCUUUGCAUGAGCCCUUGGACUUCGUCAAAACCGACGCGGAUGCUAACACCUAUACAUCACGUCAGAGGCCCGAGUCGGAUACAAUCCAAACUUCUGGACCCUCAACUUUGACAAAAUCACUCUCUUUGGCAAAGCAAACAUUGCUUACAGCAUACUUUGCACCGUAUCGCUUGGUUGUACCAAACUAUCCUUUGUCUUAUUUCUAUUGCGUAUAUUUCCUACGUGCAGUAAGAGGUACAAGUGGCUGCUUUGGGGCACCAUCACCCUAA